AUGGCGGAGAUGAGACGGCGUGACCAGACGGUCACCUCUCCUGAUUCUAGCUAUCUUCCCAUUACGGAGACUGCUGCACCAACUACCACUCAAGAACCAACUACAUCCCAAGAGUCUACCACAUCUCCGAAGCCGAUUACAACACACAUUUCCAGCUCGGUCAGUUCGGGGAGUGGAGUUCUUACGGAGACAACCACAUCGACAACCAUAUCUACUCCCUCAGAGUGUCCUACUGAAAUGGUCUCUUCGGAGACCACAGAAAUUCCUGCAUCAACGCAAACUCCAAGCAGCGUCAUCCUCAGCUCAGCCCCUGCUGAAACGUUCUUGCGCCGAACAACGGCUAGUUCGUUGCCUGUCCAUGUGGACCCAAAAUAUGCCACAAGCACAACGGCUGCUCUGGGGUCAUCUUCACAGCCAGCAGCGACUACUUCCUUGCCAGUAAAAGCAGAUCCCAUUUCCAGUCCAAGCUCAACAACCGCAGUCGGAGGUUCGAGUGUAUUGCCAAAACCAGACCAACCCCAUUCAGCUGCUGCGGGCUCAUCUCCUCUACCCGAGAAAACGCCGUCUGCACAUGACUCAAAUGUGGCUUCAUUGGCUUUUCUAGCCUGGCUGGCGAAGGCAGAUAGCCAAAGCAGCCAUAAUGUGGCUCCGGGCCCGGUCUCGAGCAGCAGCGGAGCUGCGAGCCCUAUUCCGGUGGUUGUAACCCCUGGUCCUGUUCAGUCAGCAACACCCACAUUGACCACGACCAUAGCAAGCAGCACGGUUGUUGCUGCAGCUGGAAAUCUCGGUGGUGUAAGUAGUAGCUCCGCUGUUAUCUCUACACCACUCAUUACACCUUCUGAGGCACCCCAGUCCACGACACCGUUGGCAGCAAUUCCCACAAGUAGUAGCUCGGUCGUUGGAAUCGGCAUCAUUGCACCUCUGGGUAGUGGAAGCAGCGGUGGAACUCUUACAUCCACGCCAGUUAUACCGACGCCACUCAUUGCAACUUCUGAGCCAUUCGGGUCAACAGCACCGGUAUCGACAACACCCAUUGCAAGCAGCACGGUUGCUGCUGCUGCUGCAAGUCUCGGUGGCCCCAGUAGCAGUUUCGCUAUCUCCACGCCACUCAUUACACCCCCCGAGACACCCCAGUCCACGACACCGUUGGCAGCAGUUCCCACGAGUAGUAGUUCGGUCGCUACAGUCGGCAUCAUUGCACCUCUGCUUAGUGGAAGCAGCAGUGGAGCUCCUACAUCCACACCACUUAUACCGACACCACCGGUCCAGCCAGAGACUUCCCAGCAAACACCGUCUGCAUCAGGACAGCCUUCCGCCUUCACACCUCAGUCAAUAGUGACGACGGUAACCCAGCCUGUGAUUGUAUAUAUGAGCGAAGGAUUCCCAACUCCCUUCUCGACAAGCAUCGUCCACUCUCCAGUGACCAGUGUCAUUGAUCCGUCUAUGUCAACAGAGGUGCCAACGGCAAGCCCAUCUCUUGAACCCGAAUCAACGUCAACGUCGUUUGUCACUGUUCAUGAUGUUGCAACGACCGUCGUGCGUGUGACUGUUUACCCGACAACAUCACCGGCUUCUCCGUCUUCGCCGUCGUUAUCUCCAAGUGAGGUAGCUCCAAGCGAGAAUGCUCCUGCAGAGACGAUGUAUGUCACUUCCACCAAGGUUGUUUUCCAGACCGUUCAAUCAACCACGUCUGCUUCUGCAAGUGAAAAUGUUCCUGUAGAGACGGUGUAUGUCACUUCCACGAAGGUUGUUCUCCAGACCCCUCGGCCAAGUGAAAGUGCCGUCCCUUCUGAGACAGCACAACCUACACCGGCACCAGAUCUUACUUCUGCCGUGGAUGCAAAUGUCGCUGGCCCGACAUCCCCACAUGAUUAUGGCAAUGAAGUCCACCCGAUCACGCCAUCUGGGUUUAUUACAAUUAUAAAGACAACGACUGAGACUGAGACCAAGACGGUGACGGACCGGGUUGUCGAGACUGUCACUGCGACAGUCACUCGAGGUUAG